AUGGACAUCUUCACAUGUGACAUCACAUAUCAUGUAAGUGAACAAAUGGACAUCCCCACAUGUUACAUCACAUAUCAUGUAAGUGAACAAAUGGACAUCCUCACAUGUGACACUAUAUAUCAUGUAAGUGUACAAAUGGAUAUCCUCACAUGUGACAUCACAUAUCAUGUAAGUGAACAAAUGGACAUCCUCACAUGUUACAUCACAUAUCAUGUAAGUGUACAAAUGGACAUCCUCACAUGUGACAUCACAUAUCAUGUAAGUGAACAAAUGGACAUCCUCACAUGUGACACUAUAUAUCAUGUAAGUGUACAAAUGGAUAUCCUCACAUGUGACAUCACAUAUCAUGUAAGUGUACAAAUGGACAUCUUCACAUGUUACAUCACAUAUCAUGUAAGUGUACAAAUGGAUAUCCUCACAUGUGACAUCACAUAUCAUGUAAGUGUACAAAUGGACAUCCUCACAUGUGACACCACAUAUCAUGUAAGUGAACAAAUGGACAUCUUCACAUGUGACAUCACAAAUCAUGUGAGUGAACAAAUGGACAUCUUCACAUGUGACAUCACAUAUCAUGUAAGUGUACAAAUGGAUAUUCUCACAUGUGACAUCACAUAUCAUGUAAGUGUACAAAUGGACAUCCUCACAUGUGACAUCACAUAUCAUGUAAGUGAACAAAUGGACAUCUUCACAUGUGACAUCACAAAUCAUGUGAGUGAACAAAUGGACAUCCUCACAUGUGACAUCACAUAUCAUGUAAGUGAACAAAUGGACAUCCCCACAUGUUACAUCACAUAUCAUGUAAGUGAACAAAUGGACAUCUUCACAUGUGACAUCACAUUAUGUAAGUGA